AUGAAUCAAUCGCCACAGAAAAAACACCUAGGUCAAGGCAUCCAGAGACAAUACGAGUCGUACGAGGGCCAAAACCGUCUCUCGACCCUAGGAAUGAGAAUCCGCCAGUCUGUGGACCGCGGAUACCAGGUGGGAGACAGCCCUAGUGCUGCGGCCUCUACGUCGCCCGCGAAGUUUGGCAGUACCGGUGGGGCUUCCCAAGACGCGUGUUCCGUCCAGGACAAUUCAGACUUCACCAUCCCCGCAUACAAGCGUGUACCUCUGCCUGCCGCCAAGCAACCCCCUAUGCUGGUCAACGCGCGCACAGUGUCCAGCUCCAGCUCGCUGGAGAUGUGGGAGCACCAGCUGGACGAGAGACUAGAGCUCAUCGACAACGACAUCAUGCGCAAUAAGCGUGCUUUCGACCAGGUUGAGGACUGGUGA